AUGAACAAAUAAUUAUUGUUAUUGGCUCUAUUGGGUGCCGCUUUGGUUGGUUCAACUGUAUUCCUUCUAAAUAAAUCUAAUAAGGAUAUCAGUGAGUAAGAAACUGUUGCUCAGUUGUGGUCUCUUUGGAAGAAAACCUACCAUAAAAGAUACGCAGAUCCUGACUCAGAAUAAUACAGAAUUUAAGUAUUUUCUUCAAACUUAGAUUUCAUCAAGCAAGAUACUACUGGAACUAUGGGUAUCACUAAAUUCUUUGAUUUGACCGAUGAAGAAUUCUAAGCUAUUUAUCUUACUGAAUAAGAUACUUUACAAGAACCUGUUGCAGAAGAUAUUCCAAUUGAUCCUUCAACAAACAUUAACUGGGUUACAGAAAACAAAGUCACUGCUGUUAAAUAAUAAGGAGGUUGUGGUUCUUGCUGGACUUUCUCUGCUACUGGUGCAUUAGAAUCAGCUUUGAUUAUUGCUGGUAAAGCAGAAUAAACUAUUGAUCUUUCUGAAUAAUAGCUUAUUGACUGUUGUGGUGCUUCAUAUGGUAAUUUAGGUUGUCGCGGUGGUAACAAAGACCAAGCUUUCAGAUAUGUUGAAUCAAAUCCUAUAACAACCGAAAAAAAUUAUCCUUACUAAGGUUAAAACGGUACUUGUAAUUAAACAAAGGCUGCAUAAACUCCUAAUUAUUCUAUUUCUAGCUAUAAGUAAGUAGAUGCUUCCACUAAAGCUCUUGCUGAAGCACUCAAAGUUUAACCAAUAGCUAUCUCUGUCGACGCUACUUACUUUAAAUACUACACAAGCGGUAUUUACUCUAAAUGCAAUAAUAAUACUCAUAAUCACGCUGUCCUUCUUGUUGGUUUCUAAGACGAUGCUUGGAUUGUUAAAAAUUCAUGGGGUCCUGAAUUUGGAGAAAAUGGUUAUAUUAGACUUAAAAAUGGUAACACUUGCGGUGUUGCUAAUAUUCCAUAUUACCCAAUUGUAUGA